AUGGCCUCGCUAGCAUAUUCCUAUCAAGAACAACAGUUGGAUUUUCUUCAUCUUUGCAGUUUAGGCGAUGAAAAUCGAGUGAGGAAUGCGUUAUUGUCUGGAAGAGUUGACAAAAACUACCGUCACAGCUCAAAUGGAUGGACAGCUUUGCACUGGGCGGCAAAUCGCGGACAUUACGACGUCGUUCUCCUUCUUAUAGAAGACGGAUACGCUUUGAACGCAGAAGAUAAUAAGAACAGAACUCCAUACGACGUUUGCCCAGAAAGUAAAGACAAGUUGAAAGCAGUUUUAGAACUUGGAGAGGAACGUGAAAAUAUGGUUCGAAGCAGUGCAUCUCGUCGAACAUCAGAUGCCAGUGAGCAGUCAUCUCCCGGUUUUGUUCCGAAUUACGUUCGAAAUCCACCGUUCCCAUAUGCUAUGAAAAAUUCAUUUGACAACUUUUCAACACCGCCAGCUUCUUCUGUUUCAAAUGGUUCAGGAUCUCCAGGUCCACUCAAUUCUCCAACUUACUCUUACGGAAGACGAGAUUCAUUCAAUAAAACACGAUUUUUGCUUGUCAGGACCAGCGUGGAAAAAGGAAAAGAAACAUACAAACGAGUUACCCUUCCCGGCGGUUCAGACGUUGAACGACUGAAAACGACAAUCGAAAAGGCUUGCAAAGGAAAGAAAGUCGAUAUGAUAUUCACAUUACCGGAAAACGAUUUAGUCGAAUCAAUUGAUCAGAUUCAUCGCUUCAAAGAUUGUCAGAAAAUAGAUGUUAUAUUCAAAGAAAAUGAUAGAGAAUCAACGCCAAUGGUGACGGGUGACGCAGUCAACAUGUCCGAAGAAAGAGAAGUGUCACCGAAGGAUUUGGUCGUAGAAAAGAAUUACGGACAAGAAGAUAUCGAUAUUCCAAAAAAUGAUGAUCAUGAGGAGCAGGAAGAACCGAGAGCACCAACUCCAGCUGAAGAUCUCUCCCAUUAUGUGAAAGAGCCAAGCCCACCAGUUAGCUUGGCCGCUACUGAUUUGGAUUCGAAUAAUGGUGCUGACGAAGGAAACGGAGAAGGGCACGAUGAACCAAAAUUGAUUCCACUCACAACUCGUCAGAGUCUCGAUUCGGAUCCGGGAGAUUUCGAGAAAGUUGACAAGGAAGAAGCUGCCAAGUUAGCUGAUACUUCUCCAGCAGUCGCUGGAAUUGCUGCAGCCAUUCCUAUCAUAUCUGCCCAAGUUGAAGAGGAGCAGAAUGAUCCAACUGUUUUAGAAUCAGAACAUGAACCAUCGUUUGUUCCACCAGCUUCUGCACACCAAGCUCCAUCAACAAAAGCCACAGUUGUCGAAGAGUCGAAGCAAGUUCCAGAAGGACGCGAACCCAGCGAUUUGGCCACGUGGAUUCACAAUAAUCCAGACGUCGUCAGAAAUGUGGCUGCUGCAGCUGCAGUUGCUGGAGUUGCCGGUCUUGGUUAUUACGUCUACGUUAAGAAAUUUAAGUAAACUUUAAGAUUUCAAUUAGUUUUACCCUAUAGUUGAUACAUAGGCUUUCUAAACUCUAAAAGAAUAGUCAUGAAAAACUGAAAUCUAAUCACCAUCCCAGUUCAUACAUUCUUCCUCCUCAUCACGCCCCGCCCAUCCACCGCCUGAAGUUACCCGGUAUUCAGUGUAUUCUUUAAUCAUCCAAUUUCUUACCGUUUUCUUGUUAGAUAUCCCAAUCAUUUAACCAUUUUCUUCUCCGUAUCGGGUCAUUUUUCAUCGUUUCAAUUGUGCCCACUAAAAUCCAAAACGUUUUUUUUUCAACAUGAAUAUUUUAUUAUCUUA